GCGCCCUGCUGAUACUCGCCACUCAGACUGAUUUUGAGCUUGGCAGUGAACAAGUCGAUUUGCCAUUGAUGUGUUUUGUUUCUAUCGUCACCUGAACUGGCUGAAGUGACUGAAUCAGAAACAGAAAUAUCCCAAAUUAACACGUCGUUUAGUAGCAUUCUUACUUUCGCGAACAAGAUGGAGACAUCACCCAAAGGAUCCGAGGAAAUUUUUCACGCAUUGCAAGAGUUUUCUGAAACUCCCCAGAGUCUACGUCAGCUGUCACAGCCUAUCGAGGACCUGCUAGAGAGUGUAGCGAAGACAGGAGAACUGGACCACCCGUGGAAUCUGGUCCGUCCUGCUAUUCACUUCAAGUUGCACAAGGUACUCGGAGACUUCUUCGAAUCGACCAAUUACCCCGACCGUACCGAGGCAGAACGGGAGCAUGCUGAAAUGAAAGCUACUAUCUUUGACCGUUUACUUUCAUUUGACCGAGCACCGUUCACUCUGCAGAGAUUAUGUGAGCUGGUAGUGUGGCCACAGAAGCACUACACUCGCUGCGAUAAGUACAUGCGUGGAGUCAUAAAGGUUGUGAAAGUUGUAUCAACCAUUGGCUCCCCAAUCUGCAAUGGAUCUUCACACUCGCUAACUGCUGACAACUGCAAUGGGAAUUCCCCGAUGAUGUCGCGCCUGGAAACAAGCAGUACAGGUGAACCUUCAAACAUGAACAUGAGCAGUGGAUCGUUGUCACUGGGCGAAGCCGAUGACUCAUUCUCCUCAUUUAACCUGAGUCCGCGUCAGAUGCCGUCACCCUACUCUCCGCCAUUGUCGCCGGUUGCUGGUGUGGGUAGAGCACUGGAUGAUCGGCCUACAUGGCGCUCGCCCACGAACGAUACAGCGACUAUGGACAAUGACAUGGCCAGCAUUGGUACAGAGUCGAGUGAUUCUGAUGGCAGUCUGGACAAUACCCAGUCAACCGUUGACCUUAGCGAAGGCGCCAGUGUGUCACCGAGUCCACCUGGCCACACGAACGGCGUUGAAACCAAGAAUGAACCUGCUGAUUCGAACAGUGGGGGCCCAGCGAAUGUUGACGAGCAGCCCACUGUUGAUUCUAGUACUAGUAACGAAACAGCGUCCACAGCUCCAAUGGAACCUGCAGAAAUCCUCAAGUCAGAACCUGUUGAAACGGCUUCAACGGAAAAUGAAUCAUCGUCAACGGCUCAGGAUGAGCAGCAAGAGGACACUAAAGAGCCUGUUCGGUGAUGAUCCAGUGUACCCUGUAUUCCAUGUUCCUGUGUACUGGGUAUAGUAUUCCAAAUGUGCCAGUAGUGUCCUGUGUUUGUUCAUGAAAUCAUCCAUAAAUUAUGUCAUACUGGUUCACCUCGGCGUGCCUCUCAUCUCCAUCCUAAUCAUUGCUAUGACUUGACGAGAUCAGUCCCACGCCAUAGUUCAAGACAUGCACUGAGAGCUUGUCGUCAUUUUCUUUUUACCCUACCAGUACCGGUGCUGGUUUAUACAAUCUUGGAAGCCUAAUAAUAUCCAGGAUAUCAGUUGCAUGCACUACACUCUGUGCUUGCUAUGCACUGUACAUAUCAUGUCCAGACUUCCAUUCCUGUUUACAUGUACGGUACCGGUACUCGUUGCUGUUCCCGACGUGGUGUUGCUUGUAGAGGCGACUACAACGACAAGUGGCGCAACCGUGACCACAGCUCUCAAUUAUGACUUCCAGCAUGCAGAUCUGCAUGCGCCAUCUCUGUAAUCAACAUGAGACUGAAAGAACCGCCACGUUCUCGCAACCAAUAUUCUAUUCUGUGUUCUCUGCUGUUUGAAGAACAUUCUCGUCAUCCUAGAACUAGGAACAUAAAGCUUGAUCUGCCUGAGAGAUCUAUCACAGGAACUGGUGCAGGAAAACAUGAGGGCUCGAAAACAGAACAUUUCGGCUACUUUACCAUCUCCUUGUCUGUCCCUAUUUAAAAAUAUGUAGGAUUUCCUUCAAUUCA